AUGCUCGAUUUCUUCGUUGCGGGAACGACCAGCUCGGCAGCCACCAUGUUGUGCAUUAUAUACCAUUGCGCUAACCAACCGGACACCCUUCAAGCCAAGAUCUACGGAGAGAUAGAUAGGGUUGUUGGGUCCUGCAACACCCCGACGUGGGAAGACCACCAGGCUAUGCCAUACACAAUGGCCGUGAUAUGGGAGAUGCAGCGCUGGAAAACCCUCAAUCCGUUCAACCUGCCAAGACUAGCCGAGGAGGAUGUCUCGUUGAAUGGAUACCGGAUUCCCAAAGGAACCGUUGUCCUAGCCAACUUCUGGGCUGUUCACUUCGACCCCAAGUACUGGAAGAAUCCCGAAGAAUUUGACCCCUCCCGGUUUCUGACGCAUGACGAAUCCGCACUCCUUUCGAAGCCAGAAUAUCUCCUUACUUUUUCAAUCGGAAAACGGAUGUGUCCCGGAGAGCUUCUGGCAACUGUAGAAGUCUUCCUGUGCGUGACUACAUUGCUACAGAAAUUCCGCGUUCUUCCUGAGGAGGGUACCAGCUUCAGCGUAGCCACUGACCAUUACACGGAUCUGUUGGCAAAGAGACUGUGCUUCCUGUCUCGCCUUCCGGAGUGACGAUUUUAAGCUGGCUGCAUAUUCCGGAAAUUUAUGUCCUUGAUUAAAACGAAAAUACGCA